ACACCAAAAUGUCAGUCACCGUUGCAGUGCCGGAAAACCCAGUUGAACAAGACAAUGAUGCUGAACCGUUGCUUGAUUCUACAAAUCGAAAGGACAUAGAAUUACGGUUACAAAUUCCAAUUUUCAAGUACAUGGCUGUUCAUUGUUACGAUUGCAAGUUUGAUAACUUGCAAAUGAAAUUGUCUGUUGUUUGCUGGGGGGAAAAUGUCAUUUUGGUUAACUGUAAAAUUUUGGAAUAAGGGGUUAAGGCCUAAAGGCAAGUGGAUUAAGGUCUAUUAUGUUCAUUUUCUUUUGGCCAAACCUCCUGGGGAGGAAACGAAUACAAGAAUUGACAUUGCCCAAAGGAAUAGGAAAAUACAGGCAAGAAGAGGGUUGAUAGUCUUCUUCCAUGGAAGAUCUCAGAAAAGAAGAUAAAAAGGUUUUCUAGGUUAUUUCUGAAUGCCCUCUCCUGCUUUGAGAGGACUCUUUUAUAGGCCAAAAAAGUCGAUCAGUCUUUUCAAUGUGAAAUGACUACCAGCUUUGCACUGAAAAGGCUACUUAGUGGCUCGUGCCUGGACUCUAGAAUGAUUGUUGAUCUAUCAAGGAUCAUUAUGAGGGUGUUCCAGCUAUAAAGUGAUCCUUCCCCAGAAGGGUCCUGUUGGCUACCCGGUUACAAAGCAGCCUUGGCUGUCCCGAGGCAGCACCAGUCCAAGUCACAUCGAGAUGAUCCCUUCAAAUUUUCCUAAGCUGGAGUAAUCAUCUCAUCGAUUCUGACUUAACCAUGUGUCACGGGCCAGCCUGCCCUUUUAUCACACAUGGAUUUUCCCCAUACAUCUGUUUGUUAAAAUUGGGGUACCAAAUCAGUACAGUUUAUGACAUAAUCCAUAUUCUUCAUGCUAUAGGAAUUGAUGGAAAACUGAUCAGUGCCAUUCUCAUACGCGGAGAAUGCGCAAGUAGUUGUAACAUAUUAUUACUUCAAAUUGAAUUGUCUGCAUAGCAAUUUUGUUCAUGCAUAGUAUACAAGGAACAAAUUACUUCACCAAAAAGAAGAAUACAAGGAACAAAUUAUUACUUAAAAUUCAAUUGUCUGCAUAGCAUUUUGUGCAUGUAAUAUAGAAUCAAGUCCAUUGCAUGUACAAAACCUUCUAGAAGAUUCUCUAUGGUGCUUUAAACAUAUCAAACUAAGGAGACACAUGGGAAUUUUUACGAAGCAGAGGAAAGCUCUUCCUUAAAGGUGCAGAGACGUGGGAGAGCAAUCAUACUCUUUAAUAGUGCUCAUAAUUGGAGGGGAAAUGGAUAUAGAAGAUUACAACUAGUUCGGAUUAAGGGUUAGUUGAUUGAUUGGUCGGAUGAUCCUACUUUCACAGAAUGGGAAGAAAUCCUGAAGGACCAAUGUGGCGCACAUUCCGAAACUCGAUGAAUUAUGGGGCCACCAUGGCCCAUCUCUCUACCUUCUCCACUCAAAUACUGUUUUUUUUAUGACAAGGGAAACCCGCAGCCAUUACCCUUUGGGUGCGCAUAGGGUAAAACCACCGCAUCUAUACAAUAGCUCGCAAACCACACAGGAGAGGUAACCGCACUAGGCAAGCUCGGUGCGACGAGCUCGACCCAGAAGGCAAACCCCUUGCUUUCGCUGGCAAGGGAUUUCGAACUUGAGACUCCAACAUGGAAGCCCCAAGCCCAAACCACUGGGCCACCCCGAAGGGUCACUCAAAUACUGUUUUUUAUCUGCGGCAAGGUUAGAAUAUUUGUGUACGUUCGGGAUUGAUACUUCAAAAUGUUCAACCAUCUUAAACCCAUGUGUGCUCUUAACACGAAAGAGCAGCUACUCAUUGAAGUAGGACUUAUCAUUGUUUUUCUCCAAUAUAUUAACUAAUGUGUGGUUUUCAGUGUAAUUUUAGCAGAUUUUCUUUGCCUAACCUAGACAUUCUGGUUAAAAGGUUCUUGAUAUUAGCUAUACCACAUUCCUAUGGAAAAACAAAUUCCACGAGGAUGCACAAGUAUCAACAUAUUGGCAUGAAAGAGGAUAAGGACAUGGGGAUCUCCUGACAACCACUAACAACGAAGAUUCUAGUUCAUCUGAUAAAACUGGCUCUCACAAGGACAAAAUUUUUAUUAGGUCAGCCAGAUGCUUCGGGGUGGAACUAACCCCAGAUAAGAUAGCAGUUGCUAUGGUAUAUUUUGUUCAAGGUGUCUUAGGGCUUUCAGAUCUUGCUGUUAGCUUUUAUUUGAAAGAUGACCUACACCUAGACCCUGCAGAGACAGCUGUGAUAUCUGGUUUCUCAUCAUUGCCAUGGCUUAUAAAGCCGUUAUAUGGAUUCAUCAGUGAUUCCUUUCCACUCUUUGGAUACCGGAGAAGGUCAUAUUUGGUACUAUCAGGACUUCUUGGAGCACUCUCAUGGUUUUUGAUGGCGACCUUUGUAGACAGCAAGUAUGGUGCUGCUUUCUGCAUACUUAUUGGUUCUCUUUCUGUUGCUUUCUCAGAUGUCGUUGUUGAUUCCAUGGUUGUUGAGCGGGCACGUGGUGAGUCCCAAAGCAUGUCAGGAUCUCUUCAGUCACUUUGCUGGGGUUCUUCGGCAUGUGGUGGAAUUGUCAGUUCUUACUUUAGUGGAUCCCUUGUGGAUGUUUAUGGUGUGAGGUCCGUUUUUGGUGUAACAGCAUUACUUCCACUGAUAACAUCUGCAGUAUCUUUACUUGUGAAAGAGGAGCCUGUACAUGGCCCAACAAGUGGUCUCUCUUUAGGCAAUGGCUUCUUUCAGAGUUCAAAAAGUAGCAUUAUUCAAUUAUGGGGAGCUGUUAAGCAGCCUAAAAUUUUUCUUCCCACGCUAUUUAUUUUCCUAUUUCAAGCAACACCACAGUCAGGUUCUGCUACGUUUUUCUUCAUAACCAAUAAACUUGGUUUCACUCCAGAAUUCUUAGGCCGCCUUAAGCUUGUUACUUCAGUUGCAUCACUUAUUGGUGUUGCGCUUUACAAUGGUUUCUUAAAGAAAGUUCCUUUAAGGAAAAUAUUCCUCGUGACAACUAUUAUUGGUUCAGCUCUUGGGAUGACACAGGUUCUGCUCGUAACCGGAUUGAACCGGAAGUUUGGCAUUAGUGAUGAGUGGUUUUCAAUUGGGGAUUCCUUGAUCCUAUCUGUUCUUGGUCAGGCUUUCUUCAUGCCUGUUCUUGUAUUAGCUGCAAGAAUAUGUCCACUGGGAAUGGAGGCAACUUUCUUUGCAACCCUUAUGUCGAUAGCCAAUGGGGGAAGUACCCUUGGAGGCCUACUUGGUGCAGGUCUAACUCACAUCCUUGGUGUCACCAAGGACAAAUUUGACAACUUGGCUCUCCUAAUAAUUAUCUGCAAUCUCAGCUCCCUGCUGCCUUUACCACUACUUGGCCUUCUUCCUCGAGAUGAACCUGAUUCAGAGGAAAAUACUAAUAUUGAGAUGACGCGGUACUAAAUUCCUGCCUUCUCUGCAUAUAACAUGAUGACAUGAAACUGCUUAUGUGGUCUCGGGGAUGGUUGAUCAUUUCAGCUUUGCUUUAACUGCAGCUUUUUGAUAUAACAGUGGGAGAGAUUGUUUACUCAGUAGGAGAGAAUUCACUCAUGUAAUUGUAGGGAUUAGUAAUAUUUACUAGUACUAGUUUUUAAGCUAACACACAGAGAGUAGUUCUCCUGUAUUUUUUUUCUUUAAUUCCCCCAGAAAAAUAAGUAAUUAUUUGAUAAAUGGAUUACCAGAAAACAAUUAAGAACUAAUUACUUGGGGCAGCUAGUGAAGAAACCUAACACAAAUGGUUGACACGACACUUGAUCAUUAUUAAUUAAUUCGUGUACCAAUUUUCGGAGGUUUGGAUUA